AUGGAUUUAUCUGGUUUUGGUCGUGAGGACUUAGAGCAAGGAAAGCUGAAUGAUAUGCUACAUAAAGCUCAACAACCUGGAGGUGAUGACGAAGAGGAGGAUGAAGAUACAUCGUGCCGUACUGCAUCGGACCAACAGGCGAAUCUAUUCUCGAUGGGGAGUUCACUAUUAAAUCAAUUUUCUCGUGGUGGUGGUGGUGGCGGUGGCGGAGGUGGAAACAAUUCUGCUGAUAUGAUCCAAGGUGCCAUGAACGCAUAUAACAUGUUUUCAGGUGGUAAAAAUCAAAGUAGUGGUGGCGGCGGUUUUCUCGAUAAUAUCAGUUCAUCAUAUCAAAAUGCUCAAAAAAUGUAUGCUCUUUACCAACAAUUCGAUAAAAAUGGCGAUGGAAAAAUAACUGUUGAAGAUAUACAAAUUUAUCUUCAAGAAAUGGGACUUGGAUUUGUUUCACCAUAUUUGGCUCAAGCGUUAUUUCAAGCAGUCGAUCAAAAUCAUAAUGGUUCACUGGAUUUUACGGAUCUUAUGGCAUUAACUACUUUAUUAAAUAAGAUGUCCGGCCAAUUCGGUGGAAUACAAAAAUAA